UUUCUCUUUCAGUUCGCGUCACAGAUACGCCGAGAUGGUUACCGCGGCGUUGGUUCUGUCGCUGGCAGCGGUUGCCCUGAGCGCGCCGAUGCCCCACUACCACCCACGAGACCACGUCCAUGUGGGCGACAACAUUUAUUUCUCAGACCAACUCCCGCUCACCGGGCGUCUCAAUUCUGUAGAUUCGCAUCAACUCCAGCACCCAGGAGCAACUGUCAAAGAUUCGAGCAAUAGGUACCGUCGGCUGAAGGGUGGAAAUAAAAUUUCUUCGUUGGAUGAAAGCAAAGGGGAGUUGUACUCGCCUGGAAUAGACUCCUCCGAAGAAAUUGAUGAUAGGCGAAUUGGUAAAAUGAGAAACUUGCAUAGAAGCGAUCAAGAAAAUUAUGACAAUGAAAACCGUGUAGCACCUCAAAUUCCAUUUUUAAUUUUUGAUUCUCCAACUAAGCCUAUUCUUUCGAAAGAAUAUCCUUUUCGUGGCUCAAGUUCCUCUCAUUUUUGGCAUUUUGAUGGAAACAGGGUUAUCAUGGUGCCGAAUGAAUCGGAUAAAAAUCAGAAACUAGAUGUAAAUGCGUCUUUCGAUGGUGAGAAAUUCGUCGGAGUAUCAACGGUUGAAGAAAAUGCCAAUGAUACUCAUGUACUGUCCCCCAAUCAAGUAUCAGUUGAUACAUUAGGGUCCAAAAUAGACAAACAUAAGUCUUCCGAUGAUGGAGAAUUUGAUAUUCCUUCGACUCCCUCAGAUUUGGAUGAUCUAUACAUAGAAAGUUUGUCGCAACGGAGUACAGAACCUAAUUUCGAUUCUGAACAUUCAGAAGUGGAAAUCGAAAACAGUGAUAAUCCAAUGGAAUAUAUCAAUAAUGAAUUGAAGAAAUAUGCAUCUUUAAACGAAGAACAUGCGCCGGAAAAGUCACAGGUCGGGAUUGACGAAGAGAGAGAUAACUCCCUUCAAGAAAAGCAACGAUAUGAAAAUGAUGAUGAACGUAAACAAGAUGAUGAUGAUGGAGAUGACGAUGAACGAAAUGAAGAACAAGAACUUGAUGAUUUGCAAAACAGAUUUGAACUUGAGGAGAUGAUUGAGAUGCCAAGUAAUGUUAGCGAAAAGCCAGAUCAAUUGGAAAAGACGGAAGAAGGCGUCACUGAUAAUUCAGGUGAUACAACAGGAGUAGGCAGUACAACGGAAGAAAACACAUCUGAAGCAGGAGGAAUUUAUAAGGAAAUGGUAGAAAUUGUGCAUGUAACGCCUGAGAUUGAACAUGAGCUCACCGAGAACACUUCAGAGAUGCCAGGAAACGAACUAGAAAAACUUCAUAGCUCAACUGAAAUCAUGGAAUCGGAUUAUUUGAUUGGAAUCAAUAACGAAACUGAAUCGACAACCGAAUCUUAUAUUGUUGCUACGGAACCCAGCGAACUAACAAACUCAAAUGACAAUAAAUUCAUCGAUGGAGAAAAUAGGUUUGAGAUUGAGACUAGAAAUUCAAGGGUUGAAGCAGAGGUUAGCGGCGAACGAUUAAUCCCAGCAUCUUCUGACAAAGACGGUGCAACUGACGGGUCCGAUGAAGAUGACAGCUCUGAAGAAUCCACGGACGGUCGCGAUGGGAGUUUAAGUCAAUCAGUUAUACCUCCUAUCGAUUUUCCAAUCUUAGACUCAGAUAGCGAAAGUCUUUCUCAGAAUGUGAAUAACACUGCGGAUAUGUUUUCAGAGUCUCAGGAGGUUAAUGAUGCAGACAAAGAAUCAUCGAAGUUUGAACAUUUAGCUGUCACUGAUAAAUUUUUUGACUUUCCAGGAAUAAUAGAAAGUUCAACUCCUAUUGUCACGGAAUUUGUUGAUUAUGCCUAUAGUUCUACUACUGUUCCAGUGGAGUUUGGAAGUGAUACUGAAUCGUUAAUGGGAAAUAUGGAAAGCGAUAGUCCCGUUACAGAAGAGUUUGAAAAUGAAACUGAAUCACCUUUAGGAACAACUGAAAACGCUGAUCCAAUACCAAAUGAGCUGGAGAAAUAUAUAGAGUCAACGACAGAAAUGAUUACAACUAGCAUUCCAGAGCAUUUUGAAAAUAAUUUCCCAUCAUCAGUAGAGAUGAUAGAGAGUUCUAGUCCAAUUCCAGAAGAUUAUGACGAAGAAUCCAAAUUAUUGGACGGACUAGAGGAAAGUUUGAGCUUCAUUCCGGAAAAGUUUGAAAACAAAAGUGAAUCAUUCGAGGUUGAAAACCAACUGGACUUUACUACAAAUUUACCAUACUUGAAGGUUGAACACGUAGACUUUAAAUUAGAAUCUCCGGAAAUAAUUCAAGAUUCUACUUUGUCUCCGAAGAAAUUUGCAGGCACAACAGAAUAUCCCAGAAUCGCAGAAAGUUCAACUACCAUCCCAAUGAAGUUGUCAAGUGAAUCUGACUUUUCAGAGUUUGUUGAUAACUCGAGUUCUUCUCCUGAUGAGUUUUAUAAUGAAUUCCAGAGCACAGAAAUGACAGAAAAUUCUUCAUCACACCCGAAAGAAUUUGCACAUUCGUCUGAUUCGUCAGCUUUUGCUGAAAAUGAGAGUCCCUCUACAAAGGUGUUUUCCGGCCAGUUAAUUUAUUCGAGUCCUGAAUCACACACUCUUUCCGAUGAAUCAGUAGUUACAGAAAGCUUGGAAAGUUCAAGACCAGUUGUCGAUGGUAUGGGAAACGAAAUGAAACAAAUUAUUCCUGAAGUCGCCCGGGAGCAGGAAGAGACCGCAAGUGAUUAUGACUCCAUUCAAACAGAAGAGAAUUUAACUCAUCUAGCAAUGGUCGAAGUUGGAACUGAAUUGCCACACACUCACGACAAUUUAUAUUUUUCUGGGGAAAAUGUCGAAGUGAACCCUGGAAAUUUGAAAAUUCAUGAAAACUCAAUAAUAAUCCCAACCAACAACACCCUAAUUGAAAAUAAGAACCAAAUUGAGGACUCGGGUAUUUUCGCAGAAAAAAUUAACGACGAUAAUGAGUUAUUUGAAAAUGAAAAUUCAAGUACAAUUCCCGAUAUCGUUAUCAAAAUUCCCGAUUUAUUUAAAAAUUCCUCGCAUAAAGAUCCGAAGAUUAGUGAAACCCAGACUACCGAAGUGGUUCAAGUUGUAUCGGAAUCUCCUCAGGAGAUUCUGAAUGCGAACAGUGAGCUACCAGGACUGAAGGAAUCAGUCAAUGACAAAGAAGUUCCCGUUGAUUACGUUACAUCCACUCCGGUAUACGAAGAACAAACUUCAGCGUCAUCUCAGACAAACAGCUCCGGUGAUGAUCAUGAUGAAGUCUCAUAUUACACGGAUGAAAUAUUAUUCUCUACUACAGAAAGUUCUGAUUAUCUGGCAUCUACUGAUUCAAAUUAAACCGACAUAUCUGAGGUGGAAAUAUCAGUCUUAAUUAAAUGAUCUUUUAUAACCAAACUGGUGAAAAUGAUAGGACUUAUAUACUACGUCAGUGGUAUUCAUUCAAUAGUCUUUGAACACUUGAACUUGUCGCACAUGCAGCACAUGUGCGAAACUGAAAACGCUUCACUCUACAACCUCCACUAAUUAGUUUUAAAUUGUAUCAGCCAUUACUACUUAGUUUUAAAUUUAAUCAGCCCAUCACUACUUAGUUUUAAAUUGAAUCAAGCCAUCACUAUUUAGUUUUGAAUCGAAUCAAUCCAUCAAUACUUAGUUUUAAAUUGA